GGGCACGGACCAUGAAAUGCUCCCAGCCGCCUCGACCGCCUGCAAUAUAAUUUUCUGAAGCACUCAACCACCCACGCAACAAGCAGGCCUGGCAAACAAACCAACGCCCUUUCUCGGCAACACCGCUGCUUUUGUGCAGAACCUGCGGUUGUCUCUGCCGAACGCAGCAGCGCCGCCGGACUCGUUGUUGUUUUUUUGCUUUACGAUAUCGACCGCCGAGUGGUUAAUGGUCGUGUGUGUUUUGCCUUGCAGCCGCUGUUUCUGCAUUUUCGGGGUUGGCCCUUGCGCAAGGUCCUCAUUCUCCGUCAGUUGUUCCGUCAUCGCCUCUCAACCUCAUUCUCCCCACGCGACCUGCCCGGGUGAAACAACGGUGCUACCAACUGGUGCUGCGCUCUUGAACAUCGCGCCGUCCUACAGUGAUCCAAAACCCCGAUCGCGACAACGACCGUUACCAUGUCUAACUACGGCAUGCCUGGCGGCGGUGGCGCUGCUGGCGCUGGCGACUCGGACGCAAACCCAAAGUUCGAAUCGCUGCUCGCGCAGCUCCGCCUCCAGUCGUCGCCCAGCCCUGGCCCUAGCGCAGGUUCUGCGCCCGAAUAUUCCGGCCAGUUCAACUACCACCACGGCAGCCAGUCCUUUUAUGGUCAUCAUUCAAAUUCUGACUCGCCUAACCUACCGAGCCAUGCUCAGAACGCCAUGGAUUCGCCCGCGUUUCUGCCCGAAGCUCCCACGCCGCCCGUCGGUUUUGGCCACUCCCAGUUCCCCCCGGGAAUGAUGAAUCAGAUGGGUGCCGCUCGCGGUGGCGGGGCUGGCGGGGGGGACGGCCGGACCGCGCAUUUGCUGAACCUACUCAAGUACAACAGCCAGAAUGGCCCUGCGAACCCGCACCAACCGUCAUCUCGAGAGCUGCCAAUGAAUUUUGCGCCAGCGCCAAUCGCACCUCCCGUCAUCCACGCGCCCGCUCCGGCCGCCGCCGAUCCCACAGGCUUGCUCGCUGCCCUUAUGAAGGGCAACUUACAGUCCGAUUCCGGCAAGCCCGAGCCCAGCCCACCGUCCUGGAAUCAGGCCGAGCCCCCGUCCGGCACGCAACAAUACCUGCUUAACCUCCUUAACAGGCCAAAGCCCAGCCAGCACGACGGGGCGGACCCCGCAGAAUCCAGCCUACUGACCCCGCCACCUGCUACCGAUGACCCAAAGGACAACGAGAGCUCGCAUGGCGGCCGCUCCGCCGAGCCGACCCUUGUGGGCACCCUAGCCUCGCGCUCCGAGUUCGAUUUCGAGCCCAAGAACACCGAGUCUCCGCCCCCCAAGUUUGACUCGACCCCGCAUUCACAGCACUCGCAGCAGUCCAGCUCAAGGCAGCCCGGUAUUCUUGGCUACUCGGACCAUUUCGACGGCCUCUCAGCGUCGUCUCCAGUCCAUCGGACACCGAAAUCUUCCACCACCCCCGGAGCUUCCGGUUCGGCUGCUGGCAGCAGCCACCCUGCUCCUGUUCCGACCCAGAUCCUGAAGAACCCCGAACCUACCCAACCGUCGCAUGAACAGAAGCGUCCAGCCAGCGACCGCGGCUCGAUCGACAGUCCCGAGCACGCCAGGCGCAAACUUGAGCACCCCGUGUCCCCGCUGUCGCAGGCCCACGCCGCCUGGUCUGCUGGCAACACUGUUUCGCCUGUGUCAAACCUCGGCGGCGCUUCGCCCCAUGCAGCAGCUCCCCUUGCCGGUCGGGCCCCCAGUGAAGAGAAGAAAGAGAGUGUGGCGGACGCCGUCAGCGGGCUUGCCGAGCAGGCCGACCGAGAAGCCAGGGAGGCGUUGACCCGGGCUGAACAAGAGCAGGCCGAAGUUGACACGGCCCAUAUCCCAGAGCACGCGGCUAGCGCUAGAAAUGAGGAAGGAUCCUCUCACUCGGCUCGAACCGCCUCUCCGGCUACCAACAAGGAGCGCGCUGAGGAAGAGGACAAGGCCUUCCUCGACUCUUCGCUGGCGCAAGACUUCGCCCAGGAGCCCAGGGACAGUGGAGAUGACACAGCACCGGCGGCUCAGGGCCCUGUAGCUGACAGCUGGGAGAGCGCCGAGGCCGAGGAGAUCGUGGUGAUCGAAGAGACGGCCGCCCCUGUCAAGGUGUACAACUUCCCCAUGAAGCCCUGGAUCACCAUCAGCCUGCAAGAGAUCAACGAGUCUCGCCCGGUGUUCCGUGAGGAGGCUAUUCUCGACAUCGCACGCCUCAAGAAAGACUUCGAUCAAAUUGACCGUAACCUGGUUUCGGCCUCCGAGACCUACAUGGCCUACGGAAUGUCCAAGGCUGGCGGCCUUCGGGUAAUCAGACAAGAGGACGGCAAAGACGCCAAGCUCUUCACCGACACCAAGGAUCGUAUCUUCAACGUCGCCAUCUCAACCUCGCCAUCCCACCACCAUCCGAAGGAGGCUAUCAUCGGCACCGGCGUCAGCGGAACGGUGUACUGGGUUCAGCUCAAAAACGGCGACCGGGACCACCUAGAGGACACCCAUCCGGAGCAAUACGGCUUUGCGCUUCCCCCCAUCUCGGCUCAGGAGGGCGGCGAUGCUCCCGGCGGUGUUCUCAAGACGCGCGCUCGGCCCUCUGCCAUGCACCCCGACUUCUUCGCCGUCGGCAGGGGCAAGUCAAUCAACAUUGUCUGGCCCGCUUUCGUGUUCGAGAACGACCUCUUCAAGAACGGGCACGACCGCGUUGUCGAUACCGAGAAGCUCCUGAAGCAGUGUUCGCUGAAGAUCAACACCGGUAAGGCUGGUAAGGACUUCACUUUCAGCCAGGACGAUACGCUCGUUGUCUCAUUGGACAAGUCUGGGCGGGUGAAGUUCUGGGAUGUCCGCGACUUGACGGCCAUCAAGGAGGGUUCAGACCCUCUGCAUCCCAUGCCGGCGCGGACAUCGCUGGAGGUCAAGGAGCCGCUCAUGACCCUGACUACCACGCCCGAGGGCGAAAAGGCGUGGCCUACCUCAGUGUUGCUGCUGGAUAAGUUCCGACCGUACCAGAAGCGUGCCGCCUUGAGGUACAUGAUUGUGGGCAUGAAGCAGAACCACACCCUCCAGCUUUGGGAUCUCGCGCUGGGCAAGCCGGUGCAGGAGUUCAACUUCCCGCACAACAAGGAGUCCGACGCUGUAUGCAGCGUCAUGUACCACGCGCCUUCCAGCAUGAUUAUCGUCGGCCAUCCUACCCGCAACUCGAUUUACUUCCUCCACCUCUCGGCUCCUAAAUAUUCGCUGAAGAACCUAUCACAAGUCGACUACAUCCAGCGACUCGUCGCUCAGGAUCCGUCAAUCCCGCAGCCUGAGUCAACUGCCGUCAUUAGUGGUAUUCGGGAGUACUCGUUGGCCAACAAAGGCAUGCUACGCAGCCUCAACAUCCUCGAAAACCCCGCGGCCUCAGGCGAUGGGGACGAGCCGACGCUCUUCGAGCUGUAUGCCAUGCAUUCCAAGGGUGUCACCUGUCUGUUCAUCAAGCAGUCCGAGCUGGGUUGGACGAAGGAUAACAAGGUACUUGCUUCCGCCGAUGCUGUGGAGGCUGGUCUGGCCAAAAUCUCGAAGCUGGUAGCCCCGCCUCCGCCCCAGGCCGCUGAGGCACCGCAUACCAACAUGACCGGCGAUGCUCUCGCAGCCCCGCAGAUUCGGAUCGCCACCCGCGGCGCCAAGGACGUCGUGCCUAAGAUUGCGUCGCCCCAGGUCGACGAAAAGAAGGGUUCAGAAUCCAUGACUCCGCCAAAGUUUGAGCGAAAGGACGAGGUUGAGACACCUGGGCCUGCCCCGGAGAAGAAUGAGAAGAAGGGUCGGAAGAAGAAGGCCACUGCUGCUGCUGCCGCCGCCGCCGCUGCUGCUGCUGCGGCUAGCGACCACCCGGCUUCAAAUGGCACUAUGGAAAUCAAUCGGGCGCCCUCGCAAACCAAGGGCAACAAACCUUCCCGCCACGCUGAUGCUACUUCGGACGCGGCGUCAAGCAAACCAUCCGCCGAUCUCGCAUUCACUUCCAAUCCGGCUUUCCAAGAGCAACUCGACGCCGUGGUUGGCAAAAUGGAGUCGCGCAUUGUUUCCAACCUCUCCGGGCGCUUCGACGCCGUCUUCAACGAGAUUCUGAAGCAAAUGCAGAGCUUUCAGGACAACCGCGACUCGGCCUUUGCCAGCAAUCAGUCAGCGCUGCUGCAGAUGGUGGCAGACGUCCUCAAUGACAACACCGAGGCGGUCCUGAAGAACCUGAUCAUCACUGAGAUCAACAAUAACGUCAUCCCGUCCGUUCGCAGCGCUAUCGACAGCUCGGUGUCCGAGCAGCUUAGCGCCAAGUCGACCGCCCAGGUCAAUGCCGUACAAAGGGAAAUCCAGAGGCUCCUUCCCAGCGCUGUCAACCAGGCCAUGCUGAAGCCAGACUUCAUCAAGCCAGUUUCGGACAAGGUUUCGCAUAACGUCAAUGCCCAACUGGAGGGCCAAAUUGCCAAGUCGCUCAGUGCUCUCACGCCCGCCAUUGCCAAUACGACGGCUCAAAGUGUGCAUCAACGCAUCGUUGAAGAUGUCGGUAGCCGGAUCAGCGAUGCCUUUGAGCAACUUGACGAACGCCGCCGCAAUGAAGACGCCAAGCUCGACCGGCUCAUUGCCCAGACGGAGGACCUCUCCAGUGCGAUCUCGUCCUUGGCCGCGUCUCACACGCAGAUGCAGCACGACCUUGCCGCCCUUAAGCAACAGAUGCACGACCAAAGCCGCGAGAGGGCCUCGACCGCCGAAGAACACGCGCGCAGCCACACUCAUUCCCACAGUGCCGCUGGCUCCCACGGCCUACCCAGCGCUAGUUCUCGAGAAUUGGUCAACUACCCAUCCCAGCACCAGCAGCACCAGCAGCACCAGCAGCACCAGCAGCAACACCAGCAGCAGCACCAAUCCCCCGCGCACCAGCAGCCAGUGCAAGCCCCGUACUCGCACCAACAGCAACAACAACAGCAGCAGCAGCAGCAUCAGCAGCAGCAUCAGCCUCGAUUCGGCAAUCAGGAGGGUCAGGUUGUGUUCGCCCCACUCAGCCGUGAAGAGCGCCAAAAGCUGGAGCUUGAUAAUUUAGUUGAGGUGAUCGAUGGCCUGAUGCGAUCUUCCAACUACGACGAGGCAAUGCUGCGCUGGCUACAGUCGGGUGACAAGGCGGAGGAGAUCUUCCAGCAGGUGCUCUCUAGCUACAACCCAAUCUUCGUGCAGGAUCUCCAGCCUCUUCUCUUACUCUCGGUCGGCGCCACCGUCUCGGUUGACCUGAGUCGCAGCUCGCAGAAGCUGAUGAAGAAGGUUAACCUCUUAGAGGUCGUGGUCUAUGCAUUCAACCAGAACCUAGGGACCUUGGAUGAUCAAGUCCGGGAAGUCACACCCAAAAUCAUGACGCUCCUAAAAACGCGGAUCGAACAGCUCUUCCUCGAGAUCAGCCGCAUCGCGCCGCACGAUCCAGCGCUGAAGACGCUUUCCAACAUGAGUCAGGUUGCCGGACGCGUUGCCGAGAACGUGCAAAUGCGCCACAGCUCUAUGCACGCACCCGGCCACAUGGGCGCUCCCUACUAAAUAAUGACAACAACCACUAAAUGGUAAUGGGCAAUAUGCCUCUCGGGGCGGUCACGGUGGCUAGUAUUGAUUGAUACCCCGGGCGAGCGCGGCGGUUCUCGGGUGGCAGCUUGGGACAUUCGGGGUAGGGUGGCUAGUUUCAUUACGUCGGCUGGUAUUUUUCUUUCCUUGGUGGUGUCCGUGGGCCGGUUUUUUUGCGCGUCGGGCAACUACACCCCGAAAGGAACGCGGGUUCUGCCCGCCAUCUUGCUCGUUGGUUGGUAAACUGGACUUCCGGCAUCACGCUAAGGUGUCUGGAGGGUCUGGGGGGUCUGGCGCGCUGUGAAUUUUCGUGUAUGUACAAAUACUAUGCUUUGGUUUUCAGAUG